CUUUCCAAAUGCUUCUCAUUUGUCGUUGACUUUGUACCCUGUGUCGAUCGUCUCGCUGAUAGUUGGACUCGUUGAAUACGAUCAGUAAUUUAGCGCAUUUAUUUCACGGGCUAACAGCAUUUCAAUUGGUACAAAAUGUUGCUGAAAUUCGACAAGGUCGUCGUUCAAGGAAUACGCCGGUACUCGUCCAAGAAGAAGGAUGUCGUCAUUGUGGCCGCUACAAGGACUCCUAUUGGAAGCUUUCAGAGUGCUCUUUCUUCGUUAUCAGCUACACAGCUGGGCGCUGUGGCCGUGCAGGGUGCAAUCAAGCAGGCAGGAAUAGCUGGAGGAGACGUACAGGAAGUUUAUAUGGGCAAUGUUAAUGCUGCUGGAUUGGGUCAGGCUCCAGCUAGACAAGCGGUCAUUUUCGCAGGGCUCCCAAAAAGCACAAUCUGCACAACUGUUAAUAAAGUGUGCUCAUCCGGGAUGAAGAGCAUUAUGCUCGGAGCGCAAACGUUGAUGCUGGGCCAACAAGAUGUUGUCCUGGCGGGAGGAAUGGAGUCAAUGUCGAAUGUGCCAUAUUAUUUGAAGAGGGGAGCUACGCCCUACGGGGGAGUUCAGCUUCAGGACGGAAUUGUGUUUGACGGACUGACCGACGUUUACAACAAAUUCCACAUGGGGAAUUGCGCGGAAAAUACUGCGAAGAAGAUGGGUAUUUCCCGCCAGGAUCAGGAUGAAUUCGCUCUGAACAGCUACAAGCGUAGUGCUGCGGCCUGGUCUGCAAAGAUUUUUGAUGCAGAAAUAACGCCUGUUACCAUCCCUGGAAAGCGCGGCAAGCCGGAUGUGGUUGUUAGCGAAGAUGAGGAAUAUAAACGAGUGAAUUUCGACAAAUUCGGUCAAUUGGCUACAGUGUUUCAGCGUGAAAAUGGAACUGUAACUGCUGGAAAUGCAUCUACUCUGAAUGAUGGUGCUUCGGCUACGAUUCUUAUGACAGCAGAAGUGGCCGAAAAGCUCAAGUGCAAACCAUUGGCUCGCAUUAUUGGAUUUGUCGAUGCCGAAACCGAUCCGAUUGAUUUUCCAAUAGCGCCUGCUUUGGCAAUUCCUAAAUUACUCCAGCAGACCGGUGUUCGGAAGGAGGAUGUUGCCAUGUGGGAAAUUAACGAAGCCUUCUCGGUUGUCGUAGUCGCCAAUCAGCGCAAAUUGGAUUUGGAUCCAGCUAAGGUCAACGUUAAUGGAGGAGCUGUAUCGUUAGGCCAUCCGAUCGGAAUGUCGGGUGCUCGUUUGGUUACCCACUUGGCACACAAUCUCAGGACUGGCCAGAUUGGAUGUGCCUCGAUCUGUAAUGGAGGUGGUGGUGCUUCUUCCAUCCUGAUUGAAAAGCUAUCUAAUCCUUCGCCUAUCGAUCCAGAAUCAGGACUCAGAAAACCUGUUUUGACGCUGUUUACACACGAUCAUUGUUCGUUGUGCGACGAUUUGAUCGGAGAGUUGGAAGCUAGAUUCUCGGGACGCUAUCGCCUUGAAAAAAUAGACAUCACCCAGAAAGAGCACAUCAAAUAUUUGCGACUCUAUCGGUACGACAUUCCUGUGCUGCACUUGAAUGGGCAAUUUUUGUGCAUGCAUCGUCUGAAUAGUGACCUGCUUGAGCGUAGAUUGACUGGGUUAGAACAGCAAUAAAUAGG